AUGGUUUCUGAUAAGUACUGCCCAUUUAUCCAGUAUUGUCUCUUAGAGCUUCUCUACGAGGGUGCCUAUAGUACCGAUCUGUUAUUGAAAUACGGGUUUUAUUUUCUGAUGGUGUGUGGUGGUGUCAACGACUCUCCAGUACAAAAAAGCAAUAAUACGAUCCUGCUGAACGCUGAAUUUAACAUCUCAGACACUCUGUCGGAACGAAAUGACUUGCUACAUGAGUGCACGAAGCCGCGAAAUCCGAAUUUCUUCAUUUUCGAGUGUCAGGGAGAAUCUGCGAUCCAUUAUGCUUCCAAAGUUAAGCAGAAACGGACGACUGACGGGCAGUUUGAGUUUGGACUGGAACUGGACUCUUCUGCGGGACUGCCAUCUUCUGGUGCUUUGGUUUUCGGCCUGGUGUGGGUCUUGCUUCAAAAGUAAUACUGCUGUCACCUGAUAAAUUCGAAAUUUAAGUCGACUCUAAGUCUGUGCAAAAUGCGUUUCUGCUCCAUGUUCGUGCUGCUCUACAUAGUACGCAAGCUGGAAAAAGCCAAGGGAGGAUGCCAGCUCGAAGGAAGGAUGGCGGUGGACGGAUCCUCAACUCGAGUGCCACAGACCACUUUGGCGCAGGGACGCCAGAAUAUAGGGCUUUUACGCACGCUGCUCAAAAUUUUUCUCAAGUGAUUUUGCUAGGUUCCUCUGUUUGUCAAUAAAGUAUAAGAA